AUGUCAUUCACUACUAAAAUUUUCAUGGCAAUAAUAAUCAUUCAUAUUUUACUACUCUUCUCAACUCCUACAAUUGCAAGGCACUACCCCAUACUUCCCAGUGCCCCCUCCACAGCACUCCCCAAAAUCGGGCCGAAAACGAGAGGCAGCUUUUUUACCACGUCCCCAUCGUCGAAUCACAAGCGCCAAGUUUUUCACGGCCGUGAAAUCAACGACUGCAUGCCCAAAGGGUUCCCUCAUUCGUCAGCCCCUAGCCGCUAUGUCAACUAUCACAAGCUCGGCUCCUCCAAGUGUUCAUCGGGCAAGAACUAA